AUGGUGCUAUCAAACACCCUCCCGUCAACGCAGACGGCGUUGAAAAUCACCGGCUCCAGCGCUGUUGCGCUACAACAAGACACUGCCCUACCAGAAAUCCAACCCUCGGAUGUCCUAGUUCGUGUCGCCUAUGUUUCGAUAGGUCCCGUCGACAGCAAGUCCGCCGAGAUGUCCCCAGCGGUCGGCGCAACCAGCGGCACUGAGUUCGCGGGUGUCAUCGUUGCCUUGGGAAUAUCCGUCGCAAGAUCUGACAACGCCGUCCGCGUGAAGCGCCAUAUGCGCCAGCUGGAAAUUGGUGACCGCGUCGUUGGCGGAAUAUUUGGCAACAACCCUCUCCGCCGUGACAACGGCGCCUUCGCCGAAUACGUCGCCGUUCCGGCACGGCUCAUCUGGCAUGUCCCCACGAGCAUGGAUCUCGCGGCGGCGGUGACACUACCCACCGCACUCGCAACUGUCGGGUUGUCGCUGUUCCAGUACAUGAAGCUUCCGAUGCCAUCGCCUAAUUCCUCAGCCGACCAUGACACGGCGGGCUCAUGGGUGCUGGUGCACGGCGGCGGCACGUCGACAGGGUGCAUGGCGAUCCAAGUGCUUAAGUGGGCGGGAUUCAGAAUCGUAACCACAUGCGGUUCGGCAGAGAGCAAGGCGCGCGCCGAGAGCCUCGGUGCGGAAGUCGUCUUCGAUUACCACUCGCCGACCUGCGGAUCGGAGAUCCUAGAGCAUACCGAAGGCGCUCUGGGACUUGCUCUCGACUGUAUUACGGAUACCUCGUCGAUGGCGCUGUGUUACGAAGCGCUGGGGAGCAAGGGAGGCCGGUAUGUCGGCCUAGACUUCUUCCCCCUGCGCGGCCACACGCGUCGAAGUGUUGUGCCUGACUGGGUAUGCACGUACACGCAGUUUGGUAACCCGGUCGCGUGGGCGCCGCCGUACAACCUCGACGCGAGGCCGGAGGAUUUGAGAUGCGCGGAAGCAUGGUACUCAGUCUCACAACGCUUGCUGGAUGAAGGCAUGAUUGACCCGCAUCCGAGAGAAGACCGGAGCGGAGGGCUGGCCGCUGUUGGAGAGGGGAUGAAGGAGGUAAGGCAGGGUCAGGUCAAGGGCAAGAAGUUGGUUUACUGUGUGUCUGACGCGCUGGCGGUAGCCGUAGCAUAA